AACGAGGGAGAGCGCCCGCGUCUGCUCUCUGUCAAAAAGAUUGAUUUUCGCGCUGGUUUCGUCAUCAACAGACGCGACACGACCUGUGAGAGAGAGGGAUAGGGGAGGAGCAAAAGGGAGCAGCAUCAUCCGUGCCCCCGUGGUCACUGUCGCACUCGCACCCUCGCACGCCAUCUGCGUUCACUUCACAUUUUCACGGCAGAAGCAGUCGGAACAUCGAUGCUGCUCCAUGCUCGUGUGAUCUUGCGUUAUUAUUGAGAAUUUUGACACUCACGACAGCGCUGUGUUUCGACGUGAACAUCAGGCCGAGAAGCGUCGUUGUAUCGGAAGAAAGCCUCCGCAGAUCAUCCGGUAUUUUUAGCUGUCCCCUGGACGCGAUGGCAAGGUAACCUGUAUAAAAGGUACUGCUCAAAAGUCACUGUGUUCUCGUUCAAGCCGCACAUUCAAUCAUUCAGUACGAGAGUGUCGGAUCAGUGUGCGUUACAUUAUUGUGUCUCUGCGUCUGUACGAACUGCGGAUCGUGUUCAGAACUGUGAAGAAAGCACAAGUGUCAAAUGACGGAACUUUAUCAGGGUAUUUCUACGGUAGAGGUUCAUGUUCGCAGACGGUGUUUAUCGACAAACGUGACUUCAGGAAAAAUCGCCGUAAAGCAGCAGACAGACAGUUCAUGCUGACGGCUUGUAAACCCGGCUUCUUGCUUGUAAACCCAGCGGACCAAAUAGACGUCUCCUGGUUGCAUUCGUGUACCAGAGUGGUUUGUCCUGACACGGAACUGCCCGCUACUGAAGGCGCUGCUAUACCACUUCUCAAUGCAAAUCGCGGAGGGAACUACCUGUGUUGAUCUGCGAACCAAAAGCAAGCUUCGUCGCCGUCUGGACACAUUAAAUGUGGCGCUUCAAGUCGAAAUGGCUCCACACAGUCCUGAUAGCGAUAGCACUGUGUUCCACGGCAUGGCUUCUUAUCGUGGUUUUCAACGACAACGGAGUCAUACACGCAAGAGGGCAAAUUGUCUUCUACCUUCCUCCCGACAGCCCACAGCGAUAUCCAGACCAUCGGUCUUGGCAGAGUUCACCGGGCCACUUCGAGCUCAGCCGCCGUCAGUACUUGCAACCAUGUCCCUAUAUUAUCAACAUUGAAGACACGUGUCGUGGAAAUUCUACUCAAAGCAAUACCACCCAAGACAUAGACUACCUCUUCCUUGUGUCUUCAGCAGUUCCGAACUUUGGCCACCGCAAAGCCAUUCGGGACUCCUGGGGAAGGGACGUGCUUGCCUUCGGCAAUAAUAGACUCGCCUUCUUGUUAGGUAGCCCCAACAGCACUCUUCUACAGUCAGCGGUUGAAAGUGAAUCUGCGCUCUACUCAGAUAUCAUACAAGGGAACUUCAGCGACACAUACCGAAAUGUCACUCUGAAGUCUGCCAUGAUGCUACACUGGACCACGAAAUAUUGUCCCGGUGUACGGUUCCUCGUGAAAGUGGACGAUGACACGUACCUGAACGUUCCGAACUUGGUCGAGGCGCUUCGAGUGCAGCGCACUGACGCCAUUUAUGGUAUGUUGUACCAUUUGACGUCAGCGAUUCGAUCGUUGGAAAGCAAGUGGUACGUGACUGUCGAGGAAUACCCCGGUGACACGUACCCUGACUACGUAGGUGGUGCGGCAUAUGUGGUAGGUGGAAGAGUGGUAGAGUUGCUGUACAAUGCAACGGGUGCUGUGAAGCCGUUUUCCAUGGAAGACGCGUACAUCACUGGUACGUGCGCGCAACGCGUUGGCAUCCCUCGUGUGCUCUUGCGAGGCGUCUCCACACUCAAGUUGUCUUCCGUAUGUGAACACAAGAAUGCCAUCGCGGGGCACUAUGUCACACCCAGUGAGAUGGUAUUCCUUUGGAGUACGCUACAACGCACCGUCCUAUCUUGCCAUUAUGUCAUCUUCAACUGGUAUUUUUGUAAUUGUGCCGCCAGCUAGUCUGUAUAUACCAUAGCCAAUGGUUUAUUUAAUCCUGAUAAUGUGUGCGGAGUUGCUGGAAAAGCAACGGAGAGAUACUUGAUGAAUUCAUCAGCGUGGUUUUGCUUCUCAAUAGCAAGGUAACGCCUGGGCAGAGGUUCCCAGCAACGGUAAUACAUUGUGUGAGAAGACUCACUCUGCACUACUCUCGUCGUUUGUGUUGUUUAAUAGCUAUAGCGUUCGCGACUGUAUUUCCAAUGGGCACUGCACGAGCUUCUCAGACGGGCAGAUUGGGUGCGCGCCUCAAAUCUUACAUUCACCGUUGCGUUCACACAACGACAGAAUUCGUCCAAGUGCGCGUGACUCACACACGUUUCCUCAAUGUCUAUAUAGUAAAUUAUACUAGCUUCCAAGGGCGCCUGUCUCGCAUACUUGACCCUCUGUGACGGAAGUACUUGGGUCACUCAUGUCCAAAGAGAAGGGGACGUCAUGCAGUUGGACAGGUUCUGUUGGCGGAGUAGUUUAACAGCUUGUUGCUUGUAAACCCAGCACAGGUUAUACAUGUGACAGGGAAGGCUUUUUUUCUUCUUCUAAUAUGCAAGUAAAAUGGCGUUAAAAUAGGGUUCCUGAAUAGUAGCUCCCGCUGUAGCUCACAGAGGGAGCUAGUAUUCAGGCGCCGUACUAUAAUACGGAUCGGGGCGACGCCUGGUGGGAAAUAAUCAGAAAUUGGUCAAGAGACCGUGAUCUAUGUUUCCGACUGGCUUGCUGCUCAUGAUGUCUACAUAGCCAACUUUUGUUUUAGACCCAGUGAUAUGCGCACACUUUUGGCGCCGUAUUUGACGAGCAAUGCGCAGUUGCUUAGCGACUUCCACACAGUGAUGCCCGUAAUUUUCUGAAAACAAUGCGCGCAAUUCGGUCGAAAAUUGUGACGUAAGGGGCUUGGCUAUCGAAUUGAUAAAUUUUCUGAGACUGUUGGCAACCCA